AUGGAUGGCUUGCCAAUCUUCUCGAGUGAGUCCGCAGCGUAUGUCAUUGGACCACAACUUGUGGGUUGGUCCCUCGGCGCAGUUUUAACAGGCGUCGUCGGGUACCAAUUCGUCAAGUAUCUCAGCACCUUCCCGGAGGAGCCGCUACACCUCCGCGCCUACGUCGUCUUUCUCAUCAUCGCGACCCUCGCCACGGCAAUACUAGACUUCAUGCAGAACUGGUACAAGCUCAUACUUGGGGAAGGGUUCUUUGGACACCCCGACCUGCCUAUCGCAGCUUCGCACUCCAUUAUCAUCGCUUUUAUCACCUUUUAUGUGCAGGCCUUCUACCUCCACCGGCUCUAUCUCCUCUCGAAACACAACUGGCCCCUCGUCGGGCUUUUAGCGACCCUACUUUUUGCGGCAUUCGCCUUGAGUCUCACCGCCGUAAGCCGACGACUGCUCCCCACGGCCACGGACGAAGACGACAACGCCAAGAGUUUGCUCCUCUAUAACAUUCACAUCGCGUUCAUUCUCGUCGGGGACAUCCUGCUGACACUCACAACAGUCGGGUACCUCGUGUACUACCGAAAACAGGUACUCCCGCUCAGCGCCGGGCUCUUCACGGCGCUCAUCCGGGCGACAUUCCAGUCCGCCGCACCCGCAACCUUGUGCAUCAUCAUACAAUUUGCACUCUCGUUGACCUACCCGAACCCGCCGUUUGCGCCAUUCGCCCGCGUCUCGGCGGGGAUCGGGCUGAACAUGGUGCUGUCAAAGCUGUGGGCGAUGUCCCUCCUGGGAACGCUCAACUCGCGUGCGGAGGAGAAGACGCGCAAGACGCCCCACGGCACAUCGCAGUCUUCGCGGCGGGAGCUGGCGCAGAGCGUGUAUGUCAACCCGGCCAGCACGCGGCCCGGGAAUAGCGUCGAGAAUGAGACGCACAGUACUUCCUUGCAGGCGGAGGCAGGGAGGCGGCGGGACCGCAAGUCGAUGAUGUUGCCCCGCCGCGUUAAACAAGGUUGA